AUGCACAGUGUUGCCGGUUCUCCUGGCGACCCAAAGUGUUGGAGUACUCGACUCCGCUGCGCUAUCCUGAUGAACAUUUGCGCCUAUGUCUUCAUUGGGAAUCUGUAUGCAGCAGGUCUCGCCACUGGCUUUGCUCCACUGGCUCAUGACCUCGGCGUCGAAUUCGACACUCUUACUGGCCUUGUCGCCUGGGCUGUAUUUGCACUCGGAAUCUCGAAUCUCUUCUGGAAGCCGACCGCAAUGUGCAUCGUUAAGCGGCCAGUUAUAUUGAUCUCCAUGAUAGUCUUCCUGGCUGGAUGCACAUGGAGCAUCAAAGCAACUGGUUUCAGAGAUCUGCUAGCUUCCAGAAUCGUGGCUUCAUUUGGGGCUGGGUCUAUCGAGGCUCUUGGGCCAUCCAUUAUCGCCGAUCUCUUUUCGGAGCGGUACUUUGCAACCGCCAUGGCUCUCUUCGCCUUGUCGCUUUGUGCUGGAUCUCAAAUCGGUCCCAUGAUUGCCGGCUUUGUUAUCGGUAGCAAGGGCUGGAGAUGGUUUUUUAUUGUUUGCGCCAUCCUCGGUGCAGUCAACUUCUUAGCAUCGGUCCUUUUUUUGCCUGAAACAACCUUUCGACAUCGUUUGACCGACGUUGGGAAUGUUCAUGCCGGUGAAUUCGAAAAGGAAGCGAAACAAAGGACUGAACACAGAGAAAAUGAAAAUUCACCCAGAAGUUACUGGAAAGACCUGAUAUCAAUUAGAGACCGCGGUCUCGAGCCUGAGGGACUCAAAUGCUGGCCUGGGCAAUUUUCCCUCCCAUUCCGGUUUAUUUGUGUCCCUAUUGUUUUAUUUGCGACAAUCGCCUAUGGCAUCUUUCUUUCUGGUAUCGUCCUCAUCUCCGCCAUCAGCCCCCAAUUCCUCUCAGCACCACCAUACCACCUAUCCUCAUCAGCAAUCGGUGUAUACACACUCUCCUCCUUCCUCGGUAUCGUGAUAGGAUAUCCCAUCGCCGGCCCCUUAACCGACCUCCUCUCCCGAUGGGCUGCCGCCCGAAGACACACCACCAACACAACUAUCAAUAACACCCAUCACCCAAAAGACCGCAUGCCCGCGCUCAUCAUCCCCUUCCUAGUCGCACCACCAGGCUUAAUCCUCUUUGCGUAUGCAAUCGCAAGCAGUAAAUCCUUGUACGUCUCUGCCACCGGUUAUGCCAUGCAAGCGUCAGCCUUAGUCUUCGUUCCUUCAGUCACCAUGUCUUAUAUCAUGGAUGUGUAUCCACAGUCGGGAAGCGAGGCCAUAGUACUUAUUAAUGCGGGUAAAAAUGUGGUUGCGUUCGGAGUGACGGUCUCUGGUGCUGGUUGGGUGGAUCGUGAUGGCAUCGUCCGGGUUUGUUGGGAGUUGGCUGCUGUGCAGUGGGUGGUUUUGGCGUUGGCUCUGCCGCUGUAUAUCUUUGAUGCUGGUGUGAGACGGUUUGCGGGGCGGUUUGUGUAA